AGAAAACGUACUCACGCACGCACGCACGGACACGAUUUACACUAACACACACCCAUUGGCACACGUACUACUCGGCGGCGGAGGUGAUAUCGAAGAAAGAGAGAGAGAACUAACGGACCAACCACAACGGUUAAAUGAGAGAGAGAGAGCGAGUGAGAUAGAUAAAUAGAUACGAGAUACCCGUGACCGACCGACCGACGUGCAUCAGCCGCGACGGAGCACCAGCAUCAGGGAGCAGCAACUAACGGCGGCCGCCACGAGCACCAGUACCACGCACCAUCAGAGUACCUAACGACGAUAUUCGCCGAUAUCGUGUUGGUGCUUGCGUUUACCAAGACGACCGCGAUUCCUACAGUACGACGGCGCGAGUGUCCCGUCCUCGGCCCGUGUAUUGUGCGGCGGUGACAUUAUUAUAUCAUAAUGUGCGCGAGGACGACCUAGUUUCGCGAACCCCGUCGGUUAAACGACCGUUGUCGUCGCCCAGGUGACUGAUACCCGUACAACACCAAACAACAAUAAAUAAUAAUGCACGACGUACCUACGUAAUAUUGUUAUUAUAACACUACAAUAAAGGACUAUUCCAGCCAGUGUUCACAACAAGUCGGUGUUUCGUUAUUAUUUUUUACAUUUUUUUUUUUUCUUUUCGUCCAUUCGACUGGUUCGAUUUAUUCGUACUCCGGAAGCCCGUAAAAGACGUAAAAGACUACAACUACGAUCACCACGACGACGGCGGCGGUUAAAAUCGGUUCGUCGUCAUGUCCUGCGGACGCGGCCGCCGUUGUGGCUGUGUUGACGGCCGCGAGGACGACCGCACUUGUACAUCUUACGGUUUCGCGGCCGUCGCCGCUGUCAUGAUUACAAACACGACUAUGAAUCCUGCCAAGUGAUAAUGGUGUCCACCGAGUCUAGGCUGCAGAUUGCCGUAGCCUAGGUUGUACGUGGUGGUGCAGGUGCUUGACGUUGUCUAUUGUUAUUGUUGUUGUUUUUGUUAUUUGCUUGGUUUUAUUUUUUAUUUUUCCACCCGUUGUCCAUUAGCUCCUCUUACCACACUGUACCUCAUUCGCCGAAUGUUUGGUAUUUUUUUUUGUUUUUAAAAACCGUUUUUACCCUCAUCGCGUCUGUUUCAUCUAAAGUUCGUUUCCCCGGACGUUCGAAUCGCGUGUGAAGUGAUCCAACUACCUACACAAUGGCCGACUUAGAAGCCGUGUUGGCUGAUGUCAGCUACCUGAUGGCUAUGGAGAAGAGCAAGUGCACGCCAGCGGCCAGAGCCAGCAAGAAAAUUGUCUUGCCGGAUCCCAGGUAAUAAUAUUACAAAAAUACUUUCCUGUAUUGUGUGUAUUUGAUAUUUAUGAUCAUUCUGAUUAAUAUCAUCAAGUUGGUUAGAUUUCAUAGGUAUGAUUUAAUUGGCAGGCAAUUCCUAUGUAUUGCUCGAUCUGGUACUAUCUGAAUAUAUUAUAUUCUAUAAUCUGAAACUAUCAGACAAUGCAUACUAUAUAUUAUUUACUCUAGUAAAAGCAGUUGUUUGUUAAUUGUAAUGGAUACCGGUUAUAUUUUUAUUAGGUACGUAGUAUUUACCUAUAUACUCCCUGUAUAUUCCUACAUAUUUCAGACCCAAUCUUACUGGUUAACCUUACUAUAUAAAAUAGAAACUUCUUUUAUUAAGUGCAUUUGAAUUAAUACAAUUUUGAGAAAUUGAGAUACUUACUAUACUGAAAAGUUUCUUGUAUUAACAUAAAUAUAUUUUAGAGCAUCUAAAACAGGUAUAGUGUCUGAUGGUUACAUUAAUUCAAUUAAAAUGUCAAUGAUAUUAUCUACAUUCUUAUAAGUAACUGUAACUAUAUUUUAAAUUCAGAUUCAAUAACAAACAUCUGACGGCUUACUAUAUAAUUUAACCACAAAAUACUUGUUUUUUAGGUAUAGUAGGUAGCUAAAAUAGUUUUUUUUAUUGAAAAGUUAUUCUAAGAUUAUGUCCUGUUAAAUAAAAUUUAUAAUUUUAAAGAUAAUGUCUAGGGCAGGUAUUAUUUAUAUAUGUUUGUAUAUUUAUUCCUAUAGAGUUUGUACAGGUGUUAAAAUUAUGCAUUAAAGUACCUUAGAGCUCAGUCGAUUUGAUUUCAAUAGUAAAGUUAUGAAAUGCAAAUUGUCUUUUAUACCUGCUUUUAUAUUUAAAACCAGGUACCUACAUAAUUAUACGAAUAGCUGCAUACAUAAUUAACUGAAUCUGUCUAUAUAAAUCCUAUUAGCUUAAUAAUAAUAAUUUUACUUUUUUUUUAAAAUUACUUUAAAGCAGUUUUCAAGUUGCACAUAGUUAAAUAUUUAUAAUAAUCUGUAAUUUUCAAUUCAAAUUGUAUUCUGAAUGGAUUUUUUAAAAUCAAAUGUUAAGUAAAAUACCAUUCAGAUAUAAUUUGCUUAUCUACAUCCAACUAAUUACUCACUGAAUCUUUUUAUUAUUUUAAAAUUUUAGUAUUUUCAAAAAUCACCCUACAUCUUUAAUUUUAUCAUCAAAAAAAAACAACCAAAUUUUCAACUCUUUUCCUUCACUACUGUGGAUAUUAUUAUUUUUUUACCAAAAUAUUUCAACUGAUGCAAUUUUUUCAAACAUCAUACUUACAAUUAUUGUUUAGAAGAAAAGGGGUUUUAGAAUUUACAGUGAAAUUUUUUUACAAUAUUCAAAUGUCAUUUUAAUAAUAUUAGGGGAGUGGUCCCUGGAUCCCUCAGAUACGACCUUGUAUACAUAGUAAAAUAUUUGGUAUAAAAUGUCAAUUUACUUUUCAAAGUAAUAAUUUAUUUAUUCAAUUCCAUUAAUAAUGUAAAAGAUAAAAUAAUUAAUUUAAUGGACACUAUUUAAUACAAUUAUUUUUUCGCUAUGUUAAGUAUAUUUGUGUAAAAAUGUAAAUGUGUCCUAUAGUAUUUUAGAACAUAGCCGAUUUCAUCUCAAUAGUAAAGUUAUGAAAUGCAAUUGAUUCUUACAUUUUACCUUUAAUUUUAUCAGAAAAAAAAUAUUAUUUCUUUAUAUUUUAUUUAAUUAAUAAUCCAAUAAAGUUGUUUAUAAUUUUGGUACUCUAUGACAUUUUUUUUUUAAACAAAACUAAGGAAUAAUUACAGUAUGUUUGAGUUGGUAGUAAAUAAUCAAUUUACUGGUUUGAAAUGAUAAGUCAUUUCUUUGUUUUAUUAUUUUACUAGUAUAGCUUAUAUUUAUAUAAAAGAUAAAGUACACAGGUAAUUCAAUUUUAAAUGGACACUAUUUAAUGAAAUCAUUUUUUUCACUAUGUAAAGUAUAUUUGUGUAAAAAUGUAAGUGUGUCCUAUAGUAUUUUAGAACAUAGCCGAUUUCAUCUCAAUAGUAAAGUUAUGAAAUGCAAUUGAUUCUUACAUUUUAUUUUUGAUUUUAUCAGAAAAAAUAUAUUAUUAAUUAAUAUUUUAUUUAAUUAAUAAUAUAAUGAAGUUGUUUGUAGUUUCAUGUUGUAUGUUACCUAUCGCAAUUAUCUACCUACCAGUAAAUUAUUGCCUAUUGAAGAUCAAGAUUUAAAAAUUAUUGUGUUUUUCAUUAUAAUUUCAAAUUAUCAUAUAUGUUGGUUUUAUUUUAUUAGGUAAUUUGAUCAAUUUUUUUAUCAACACAUUUUUUUUUUCUAUGUAUAAAUUACAUGACAUAAAUAAAACAUAAUAUAAAAUUUAAAAAAAAAAACGAAAUAAUAAUAUUAUGAUUGCAAAAGUAGGAUGUAUAACAAUAUUUUAUAUUGCAUGACUGCUAUCUCUAUUGCCUUGUUUGCGGAUUUUAACUCUGUUAACUUGCAUUUGGUUGGACAGUUUUUACAGGUUAGGUGUGCCGUUAUCUGGACCUUUCCACAAUCAAAAUUUAUAUUUUCUAUCGCAACUAUUUAUCCCUAUAUUUUCAGGUUAUUUCUUGUAUGUCAAACUUCUGUACAUAGUAGAUGGUUUAGUCUCAUCAACCACCCAUUUGUUAUUGCGUUCUGGGGAUCAUUUCUUCUAGAACUUUUGCUUACUCUAUUCUUCCUAUAAUUUCAAUUUUUUAGUCUGUAGAUUGUUUUCUAAUUUCUUUGUACAUUUUAGGAAGAUUUGUAUUGGUUUUGUUGAAAUGUUGUGUUAUAUAUAAUAUAUUAGUUAUAUGUUUGAGUUAUAUUUAAUUUGCUCUACGCAUAUAAUGUCUAAUCCAGCAUAUUUCUUAUUUUUAAGAUUUAUUUAAUUUCACUACUCUAAGUUCAUUAAAAUAUCCUAUUUCUUCUGACUUUCCAUUUAAGAUAAGUUGGUGUGUAAUUUUGUAAUAUUAGGUCUAUAGGUAUUAAAAGCAUUUAAGUAUUCUGGUAAUAUUUAAAUUAAAAUAUUUGUAUCUAUAUUUUUAUAUUGAUUUUUAUCAUACUAUGUUAACUUAUCUAAUUUAUAUUAAAUACAAUUUUUUGUUCCUAGUGUCCGAAGUGUUAUGCAUAAAUACCUUGAGAAAAAAGAAGAAGUUAAUUUUGAUAAAAUCUUCAAUCAAGUUUUAGGUAAAUUAUAUAUAAAUAUUUAUUAUUAUACAUAGUAUUAAUUAUCAUUUAGUUCAAUAUUAUUAAUAUACACAUGUUGAUUCAAAUUUAUCUUACAGCCAUUUUAUUAAGUAAAUAUUUUUUAAUUUUUAAACUAAAUUAAAAAGUAAAAUAUCUUGUCAACGUUUUGAUGUAAAUUAAAUUUCAACACCUUAUUUAAACUGAUACUCCAUCCUUUUAUGAAAUGUUGAAUAAAGGUUUCUAUAAUUCCUAUUGAAUUUCAAAAGUUAAAAUGUCAAAAAACUUUUGUAUUAUACAUUUUUCUUUAUUUUGAAUAUUUACUUGAUAUUAUAAUGGCUAUAACAUACAUUUUGAAUUAGCUAGUAUAUGUCAACUUUUCAUACAACAUAAUAUAUAGGUAUUUUCAUAUUAAAUCAUUUUAAAUGAUGAUAUAAUUGAUAUGUGUAUUUAGGUUAUUUGCUAUUCAAAGAUUUCUGUGAACAUCUGCCAGAAGAUGAACAAAUACCUGAAAUCAAUUUUUACGAUGAGGUAAGUUCUCUGUAUAAUUUUAUUAUAAGUUAUUAUUACUAUCAUUAUCAUUAAUAAAUAUUUAUAUACUAACUAAUUGAUUAGUCACAAGAGAUGUUUAUUGAUGUUUUUAUGAUAUUAUUCAAAUUAGUUAUGUAUUUAUGUAAAUUUAAAAAAAUGAUUUAACAAAUAGUUUCCACUGUGGUUUUUUUUAUUUUUAUUAUUAACAGUAAUAUCAUAGGUACAUAACUAAUAUUUUAUUUUAGAUUCUAAACAUAUCGAGGGAGCUAUUGAUUUUACCAUGCUGUUUACUUUUGUUUUGUUCUUUAUUCUAGUCUGUGGACACUUUUUUUCCUUACUACGAUUUUUACGUGUAGAAACUUUUCCGAAAGCUCAAGUUGUCUAGAUUGUACUUUAAAGAGGUUAUUUUUAGAUUUUAGACGUCAUUUUUUUUAAAUAAAAGCACUCAAGAGGGAAAAAAUGUAGGAAAAUAUACAAUUUCACAAUUUUAUUAUUUUAUAAAAACACGGAGUACGUUUUCUGCCAGAAAAAUGAUUUAUCGAAAAAUCACAAGACACCUUUUUUGUUGUCUUUUUGAUUUACUUUCUUACACUAUCAUCAUAAAAACUUUUGAACCACUUUUGAGCUUUUAAGUAAUUUUAACUUUUGAGAGUUUUUUUGUUAUAAUUCGGUUAUAAAUAUAUAUAGAGACUUGAAACUUGGUAAUAAUACUUAUAUUAGACUUAUCUAGACGCGAUAAAAUUUCCGAAAUCAUUGGAUAACCUUUUAUUUUUAAAUAAGGGUUUUGAAAUCAAAUUUAAACAAAAAUCGCAAAAAAAAAAUAAAUACAGUACUUUAAAUUAUGUAUUACCGAACUGCGCAUGGAAUCAUCUUUCAUCAAGCAAUGGUUUAUCGUUGCUUACAGAUAUAAAUGAUAUAAUUUUAUGUAUUCUACCUUCUCAAUUGCUCACCUACAACAGUGUCUGCUCCCAUCCCUGAUACUGGUAUCAGCUCUUUUUUAAAUAUUUUACCUUAUAUCUAUACAUUAGUUUAAAAUUAUACCUAUGUAUUAUACUUACUGUUUAGAAAAUAAAUACAUUUUCAAAAAAAAAAUUUUUGAAAAUAAAUUAAUUGCAUUUAUUAUAAUGUAUACUUAAUGUUUAAAGAAAUGAGCUCUGUUUAAAAUGAACGAGUGAAAUUUUGAAAUAUGAUAAUGAUAGCCACAUUUUUCAACACUAAGUUUAAUCAGACAAAAUAGAAAUAUAAAAUAAUUAGGUACCAAUAUAUAUUGUUGGUCUAGAAAUAAUCACAUGGAUUAAGAAUUUGAUUAAUUUAUAUUUACCUACUACUAUUUUUAAAUAUGUAUGAUAAAACAUAUUAAAUGAUUUAUUUAUCUUAUAUAUUUUAUUGUUUAGGUAUAGUUUUUCGUUUUUCAUUCUAUUACAUUUUUUUUAUUCUCAGUAUAUCAUACAGUUAUCUAUUAUCAGUUGGCUAUUAUCUGAUCACAUUUUUUUUGGGAAACGGUUCAUGAUGUGUUAAUUAUUUCUAAAUCUCAUCUCUAUUUUUCCAAUCUUAUUUGAUUUUCUUCGAAUAAGUUUCUGGGUUAAUUUCUAGUUGAAUGUUCAAUAAUACUCACUUUUGAUUACUCUGCUCUUUUAAUAUAUAUUUAUUUGUAAUUAUAUGUUCUAAAAAUAUUCAUCCAAAUUAAAGUAUAGUAAUCUACUGUCUACAGGUUAAUUUAGAUUAUUUAAUAUUUUAAUAAUACAAGGAAAAUGUACAUUUCUAAUUAUAAAUUAUAAUAAUAGUUUGGACCAAUAUCUUACCUGACAUUCUUUUAUUUAUGAUAAUCUGAUGCAUUAUAUUAUAGAAAAAUGUUAGAAAUUACAGAGUUAAACAGAAAUCAUUGCCUAUGGCUUAUGCCAAAAAUUUCUAGUGUUUGUAUUUGAUCAAACUUUUUGGCAAACAAUGUUGAGAACAAUGUUUCCCUGUAUGUUUAUUAGAUGAAGAAAAAGAUUUACUUUAUACAACCUUGUCUGUGUUUAUUUUUUAAAAACCUCAAAUGUAAUGUGUAUUAUAUUUUUUUAUCUUUGAUACUUCUAAAUACCCUAAAUAUUUACAAUCUAUUAUUAUUUUAAACAAUACACAAAUGUGCUAGAGAGAAGUUUGCAUGUGACAUUUUUGAAAAAAGAAGCCACUCAUUAUUAGCGACACUAUUUUGAAUUUUUUGUAUUUACUUAUUGUCAAUAAAAUUUAUAUAUUUUUAAAACUAAAUUAAUUAUAUGAAUUUAGAUUUAGUUAUUUAGAAUAUGGCAAAACCACCCAUCCCAUUGGCGUUUUUUCCUUGAAUGUUAAAAUAAAAUAUAUUAUUUAAAUUUUCAUUAAAAUUAGAUAAGUCAUAAUAUAUUUGAUACAUUUUUAGAUUCUGAGGGGAGCGAAGAAGCUUAUGGUUUUAUCAAAAUGUUUACUUUUUUUUUUUUUUUUUUCUGUGGAUAACUUUUAUACUAGAAAUCUUGCUCCAAUUUUUUAGUUUAGCACCUUUUCUUAAAGAUGUGGAGAGGUUCUUUAGGAAGGUCAUUUUUAGAUUUUCUCUAUAGUUUUCCCAACAAAUGUAAAAACCUAAAAAAACCAGAAAAUUGGUACAUUUUAAAAAAAAAAAAGUAUAAUACCUAUUUAAUUAUUUUAUCAUAAUAUGACAUAUAUAUUGUUGACAAAGCAUCACUAUCAAUCGAACUCUGUUCAUAAUUGUUUUUUCAUUAGCAAUGGUUUAGCAUUGAAUACAUAUACAUUAAAUUACUUGUAAUAGUAGCUGCACCGUAUCCCUAGGAUGUCCUUUUUAAUACCAUUAUAAUAUGAACACUUUUGGUUAAUGUUCUUUGAAAAUUAAGUCUAUUGCACUGUCGUUUACAAUAUACAUAGGUAAUUUCAUGUAUAUCUGUUAGAAACGAUUAACCAUUGGUAACGAAAAAACGAUUCUGAGCGGAGUUCAGUUAAUAGUGAUGCUUUAUCAACAAUAUAUAUAUAUGUGUCAUAUUAUAGUAAAAUAAUUAAAUAGGCAUUAUAUAUUAUUUUUAAUAAUAUUUAUUUAAUGUACCGAUUUUACCAUUUUUCUUACAUUUUUUUAUGGUUUUCUCACGUUUUUUUUCUGAUUUUUCAUAUUUGUUGAGAAAACUCCUGAGUAAAUCGAAAAACUGCCUCUCUAAAGUACCUCACCAAAGAAAAUUUACUAUCAUUAAUAGUUCGAUCAAGUUCUCUGGUUUAAACUAUUCGCUACACUCAGAAUCUAAAACAAUUUUAGUGAUAAUGUAGUGAAACCUAAUGGACACCUAAUAGUGAACGGUUUUUUGGGAACAGGAACAUUUUGUCUACUUUUCAAUGGAGAAACCUUCAAAUAGCAAACACUAUUUUAAUCUUAACUAAAAAAUACUGACUGUAGUACGGUAUCAAAAACUAGAAAAAAAAAUUAAGAUAUUAAACGCCUAUGAAUAACUUAAAUUUAUUAGAUAUUUAAAUUAUCUAAAAAAAAGGCCAAUAUAAGUAUUCUGUAAAUAUCUCUGGUUUUUACAAAUACAUUAAUAAAAUUGAAAAAAAUGAAAUUUACCUUUUGUAAUUUUUUGAUUGGAGCUAAAGUUCUGGUAGAAAAGUCGUUAAAAGACAAGAAAAAUAUAUGUCCUAGGAUAAUGGGGACGUAUGCAAUUACUUUUGUAAGUGGAAAGUUAGGAUGUAUGUCUAUGUGCAACAAUAAACGAAAAUCCGAUUCUCAAUGGAGUUAGAUAGUUUUGCUUUGCCAACAUUAUGUAUACUUAUAUCAUAUUAUAGUAAAAUUAAUACAUAUGCAUUAAACUUUUUUUUUAAUAUUAAUAAUAUUUGUUUAUUUUUAUACCUAUUUUCACAUUUAUUUGGUAAAAUCCUAGAAAGAUCAAAAAAAAGAUCCUCCUAAAGUAUCUCCCCACUCAUAUUUUUUUUAAAAAAAGUGUUAUCAUUGUAAAUUGAAGCAAAAUUGCUGGUAGAAAAGUUGUUUACAGGGGGGAAAAGGCUGUUAUUUUUUUUACUAAUACCUACAUUUCGUAUAUUUUCCCGUUUGUUGGGGAAGAUCAAAAAGUUACUCCCCUAAAGUCACACUCCAGUCAGAUUCCUUUUCAAAAAAAGCGCUACACUUGUAAAUCGUAGUAAGUUUCCUGGUAGAAAAGUUGUUCACAAAUAAAAACAUUGUAAAACCAAUACAUUUAUCGAUCCACUCCUCAGAAUCUAAAAAAAAAGGAGGAAGGCAGUCUAAAAAUUCGUUAAUCAAGGCAGGUGCCAUGCGUCAAAUCUGACCCUUAUUAUUUAGGUAAUAUCUAUACAAAUAAAUAGAAUAAUUAAAUUCCAGAGGGGAAUAUUGUUUACGUUACACGAGAUGUUUUUGUUGUUAAAAAUUAUUAUUAUUACGUAGCUAUAUGAAAAUAUGAGAAAGAAAAACUGUUGUCGGUUAGAACAGGAGAAACGCGUUUACAUACCGCGGUAUGUACCUAACAGAGAAAAACAAAAUGAUGCAAUAUUAUUAUUAUGGUCGAGUUUAAUCCGUCGUAUACGUUUUUAUAAUCCCGGCCGCGUAUAAUACGUUUUCGAGCCGCCGCCGCGUUUAAAAGAUUGCCACCGUUAACAGCGACCAUUAUUCGGAGGGAUGACGUAUAAUAAUAUGACAAGACGACACAAAGCGAAACAAGCGGGGCGGUAUUUUAUAGCCGGUGUGUGUUAGAAACGCUGAAGUUUUUCAUUUACGAAAAUAGGGCGAGCUUUCUGGUCAAGUGAAACCAUUUCGAAACGGAUCCCUGUCAUCAUCUUCUCGUUCUUGUAUAUAACUUUAAUAAGUGACCUCUGUACGAUACACACACGCGCGUGCGCGCGCGCACACACACACACACACACACACACACACACACAGAGCCUAUGGUAGCCGGGACACGUUUGUAUAGAUAUUAUUCUCAACAACUACUCCGCCAACAUCCGUCUCUGUUGAGUUUAUUUUUCUUAUACAUAUAUGUUAUGUACAACGACGCCAACAUUGCUUGUUAUAAUAAUAUCUAUCUAAUGCACUCGUGCACUGCCUUUGUGAAAAAACUUAUUCAAAAUGCUUAAAAAAAAAAAAAAAAAAAACAUUAUCAACGUAUGCUGUGCAAGAGAAAACACGUUAUUAAUAAGUAAACGAUUUUUCUCUGUGUUUUGUAUUUUUUAAUAACGAAAUGGAAUUGUAAAGUAUGCAGGGUUUAUAAGUUUGUGUUUAUUUCUACCGCAUACUUGACCUUUUUAUAGGGUUUUUAACUUAUAAAUAAUUAAGCCUACUAAUAAUAUUAUUAUUAUUAAUACAUAUACAUAUAAUAAUUAAUACUUUUUACCAUUACAGCAAAUAAAAAUGUAAUUUAAUGUAAUGUAAUUUAAUGUAAUACAAUUUAAUGCAAUUCAAUAUUAUAAACUAAAAUAGUAUACUAUACCUUACAAGUUUAAGGUUUUUUUUUUUUAAAAAAACUAAAAGUUUAUUGACAGUUGUACACUAAUCCUGUAGUUUACAGUGAUGUUAUCGAUUUGGCUAGAGGAUUUUCUUGGCAUUAUAAUUUAUUAUUAUAUCAACAUGAUGAAUGAAUGUGCUAUUCGUGGAUAAUUAAUAUUAGGUACUUUCUUUUGGUUUAAUAAUUAAUGUUUUUAUUGAAUUUUUUUAUCCUUUAAUAUAUAUUUAUUUUAUUUUAUUUUACAUUGAGUAUUUUGGUAAUUUAGAAUGAUAUUCAUUUUUUUUUUUUUUUUUGUGAACUACCAGACAUUUUCCUCCGAUUUUUUAAUUGUAGCACUUUUUUAAAAGAAAAUCUUAUUGGGGUACUGUGGAAAUGUAAUUUUUUGAUUUUCCCAAGAAUUUUAUAAUAAAUAGGAAAAAAUGUGGACAAUUUACUAAAUUUAAUAUAUUUGAAUCGUAAAUAUUACAGCCUUUCAGAACAUGUAUAAUCGAAUUCCGUUAUGAAUCAUUUUUCUUGAACAAUGGUUAAUUAUUGUGUUAUACAUUGAAUUUUUCCUCUAUCUUCCCAACUUAUUGUGUUAAGUAUGUUUGUUUGUUUUUUACUUUAUUUCACUAUUUUCCUCGGUUUUUUUUUCAAAUUAAAUGAAAUUUUGCCCUUAUAUUGUGGUCGUUAUGGUUUUUAGAAAUUACUUAUCAAUAAUAAAUAUUAAUGAUAGUGUUUUUUUUUUUUUUUUUGUGUAUAAGCAUUAAGCAUAGAUACUCGUACAAGGCGAUCAAUUUAAAUAGGUACACUCAAUAUUGACUAUAUAUGCUAUAUAUGACUAUAUAUACUAAUAUAAGUAUUGACUUUUCUAAAAAAAAUUCCAUUUGACAAUUUAAGAAACAAGCAGCUCUAAAAUGUUACAUUUAUAUUAUUUUUUGUCACCUUUAAUUUUGGAAAUUAAAAGACUCAAUAACUUCAAUUUUAAAAUAGCAACUUAUAUUGAAAAUUCCGUAAAUAAAUAUUAGAGUGUUAGUUAAAAUAGAUUUUGGUGUUGAUAUCUUUGUUUUCCAUCAAACCAUUGACAAGAGGAGAUUAGUAGAGCAGUAUUAAAAUGUCACUCGCCACCCAAAUUGUGGUCCACUAAUCUUGCCCUACCUAAACUUAAAAGUGGAAUAUCUUUGUCGACAAGUUGAUGGAAAUUAAAAAUGGUAAUUCCAAAAUUUAUUUGAACUUAAGGUGUUUUCACAGCUCACUGUGAAACGAGAUAAUUUACAAUUUAUUCACUACGAUUAAUACAAUUUAAAAUAGUUGAACUAGUAUCAUUAAAUCAUGGUGAACACAUGGUCUGACUUGGAUUGAACUCAACUAUCUGGUAUAAGCAAUAUAGGGAAGGUAUUAAAAUCAAAAAUAAUAGUUGACCACUGGUUAACCACUACAUAAUAGUCACAUGGUUCAACCAAUCACAGUCCUAGAAUAUUUCAUGUUUCACGGUAAGCUUUGAAGGCACCUUAAUACUUGAAAUUUUCAAUAUAGAUUACUAUUUUAAAAUCAAAAUUAGGUAGCUGUUUCAACUCCAAAAAUAAGGGUUACAAAAUUAUUAUCAACUUAAGAGCUGAUUUUUUCUUAAAUUGUCAAAAAAAUCAAUACUAUCCAAAAUAAUGGCUGUACCCACUUAAAUGGAUUACCAUCUACAUUGUAAAAAUUUAAAAUUAAAUUAUUAUAAGUAUGAAUUUUUUCAUUGGAAAUCAAGCAUCAUUCAAUUUUAAUGCAGUACGUAUCUAAAAAUCAAGACAGAGUUUAUUUGUUAAAAGAAUAAUAUUUGUUUUAUUUGUUUAUCCUUUUAUAAUAAUUUGUAAUAAAUUGAUUAUUUAUUUAAGUAUCAUGUAGUUUGUUAAAAACAUGUAAAAAAAAGAUGGACAUACUUCGCAGCACGCAGGCAGGCCAUUUUUAUGUUGUAGGUGAGAAGUUGGGAAGGUAGAAGGGAAAUAUUAAAUUUAUAUCUGUAUGCCACGAUUAACCAUUGCUAACGAAAAAACGAUUUUGAGAGAAGCUUGAUUGAUAGUGUUACUUUGUCAACAAUACAUAUGUCAUAUUAUGGUAAAAUAAUUUCAUUUGCAUUAUAUAUUUGUUUAAUAUUUUACCUUUUUUCUCGGGUUGUCUAAUUUAUUGGGAAAAUCAAAAAAUGACCUCCCUAAAAUAAAAUUAAAAUAAACAACAUUGUUAAACCAAUAUAUUCCUAACUUCAAUCAAAAUCUAUAAGAAAAUUUUAGUAAAAUAACUAUGUGUAUUGUGCAUUGUAAACCACCGUAGCUGUAUUUAAGGGGUAUUUAGAUAUCCGACAAUAAUGAAUCAAUCAUAUCCUAUAAGAACUAAUUGGUCAUAAAUUAUUCUAAUUAGGACUAAGGAUUUCAUAACCUUAAAAUUAUCAAAAUAUGUAUGCAUUGCAUUAUAUAACACUAAAAAAAUGGAGAAUAUGCUGUUAAAAUAUGUACUUAUAAAAAAUGAUAUUUAAUACCUAGAUAAUACUUAUAGAAAUUAUAAAAAAUACAUAUAGUUACAAAUAGUUAUUUUUAUUUUCUCAACUUUGUUUCAUUGUUUUCUUGAUUUUUAUUAAUUUUAGUGAGCUUUAGUCUUAAACAAAAAAAGUAGAAUAUUUUUUUCAAAUAACAAUUUUUAAAUUGGGUAUGAUUAUUUAAUUUUUGAAAUUACUAUCGACUUCAUUACCCAUAGCAUUGCAUUAAACUAUUAGAUUUUUUUCUUAAAUUGGAUAAUUUGAAUGAUCUUUUAUCAACCAAAAUAUUUUUGUAUUUUGAAAAGGAACGUUCUGCAUUUACAGAAGUUAUUGGUGCAAAUUUUAAAAUUAGUAUAUUACCUCUACAUAUAUCUGCAAGCAAUGCAUCCAUUCAUUUUGACCAUAUAAAAUGUUUGGUAUAUUUUUUAGUUGAUCAAAUCCAACAUUUUUCUCUAUUACUUUAUUAAUUUUAUCAUCAAUAGCUUUAGGUUGUACAGAUCCUCCUGAUUAUGACUUGCAAUAUAUGACAUAUUUAAAUCAAAAACAAAUAAGAAUUUUUUUGUUAAUAAAAAAUAUAUUGCCUCGUUAGAACAAAAGAGUAUGAUUGUUUUAUGGUAUUUUCUUUUUCUAAAGAUAGGGCAAUUCUACUUAUCUAAAAUUAAUAUAAACAUUUUUAUUGUUAUAAGUAGUCUUAACUUAUUAUCCAACAUAUUCACCAUUUGAACUGAAUAAAAUCAAAAAUAAUUUAUUUUACUUAUUUAACUUAAUUUAAUUAACAAUAUUAUACUUUAAAAAAUAAUUAUAUAGUAAUUUUGUUUUUUAAUGUUGUGAAUCACAUUGUUAAUAAAAUAAUAUAUUUUUUUUUCUUAACAAUAAACAUUGAAAUUAUUGUCUAAAAAGUAUAAAUAAUUUCAUUAAUUUUUUUUUUCAGUUUUGAUGAUAUAAAUUACAUAUUUAUUUAUAAACUAUUAAUUUAUGUUUUAAUACAAUAAAAGUCAAUGGAAAAUAGUUCAUAGUUUCAAAUCAUUGUUAUUUGUUAUUAUGAAAAUUGCCCAGGUCUGCGAUGUAUGCAGUAUACAAAAUAUAAAGAUAGUUGUCUAGGUAAUCAUUCUCAUCAAAGUACUGUUACCAUCUGUUUAAUAAUCAUAUUUACCCAAACCAAAUUUGCACCAUGUAUUGUAUCCGUAUUACUAUAAAAUAAAGAUUGACUCGAUUACAAUUAACAAUGUAUCAUAAUAAUCACCUUUUAUCUAAUUUGAAUUAACAUUAACUUGUUAUAUAGAGUUAAAAUAGCUUACUCAUAAUAUAAUUAAUAAUAUUACAUUAUUAUUUGUAAUGGUGUUUUAAGCAAUUUAAAAUUAUAAUAAUAGAAUGAAACCUUUCAUAGUACAAAUCAAUCACUAUUUUUAAAUAAAGAAAUACGUUAUUAAUACAUUAUUGUAAUUUUGGGUUUGUUUCUAUACCGAGUUAUUAAAUAAAUUAAUAAUUAUGACACUUGUGCAUUUUAUAUUUGUAUACAUACAUUUGCUAAUAAAAUUAUUUUGUUUAAUUUAAUUUAUUGUGUUUCAGAUAAAAAGGUAUGAAAAAUUAGAAUCAGUUGAUGAGAGAAGAAAAUUAGCUAGAGAUAUCUAUGAUAAUUAUAUUAUGAAAGAACUUUUAUCACAUACUCAUGUAAGUUAUCAAUAUUUCACCAAGAAAAUGUAUUACCAAUACAGUUAAUUUAUACCUAAAUAUUUUUUUUAAUUAAACAAAAAAUAUAUUUAAAUUCAGUCUUUCUAAUUGUUGAAUUAUAUUAUUUUUUUAGAAUUAUCCUAAAGAUGCAGUCGCUCAUGUUCAAAAAUAUUUGAUGAAAAAUGAAGUGCCUGUUAAUUUAUUUGAAGUAAAUAAUACUUUUUAUUGAAAUAUAUUUGUGUUCUAACUUUUUAACUAUCAAUUUUCAGCCUUACAUUAAAGUAAUAUUUAACCACCUCCGAGAAGAACCUUUUAAAAAAUUUCUGGAGAGGUAUAUAAUUUUAUUCAUAAUUAUUUGUAUUUACAUUAUAUCUAUAGUAAAAUUAAUUAUAUAAAUUUUUUAUCAGUGAUAAAUAUACAAGGUUUUGUCAAUGGAAAAACCUAGAGCUUAAUAUUUCGGUGAGCCAUUCAGUAAAGUAAUUAUUUUAUUUAAUAAUACACCGAAAAAAAAUUGUUUUUUUUCAGCUUACCAUGAAUGAUUUUAGUGUUCAUCGUAUAAUUGGUAGAGGUGGUUUUGGUGAAGUAUAUGGUUGUCGAAAAGCUGAUACAGGCAAGAUGUAUGCAAUGAAAUGUCUUGAUAAAAAGCGAAUAAAAAUGAAACAAGGAGAAACACUUGCCCUAAAUGAACGUAUUAUGUUGUCUCUAGUCAGUACAGGGGUAAUGAAUAUUGUCUUAUUAAUUGAAUAAAGAUGAGGUGCUAAUAUAUAGUAUGCGGUCUACUUAAAAUUUAUCAAAAAUUAAAUUUUGCAACUGUCAACGGCAGUUAAAACAUCAUGGUCAUAUUCAACAAAAAUUAUGGACAUUUCAAGUUUUGUGUUAUGCGUGUAUAAUAAAUAACUUGAAACUUGUUGCAUUACUUUUAAAUUGUGUCACAUUGUAUAUAGUGAUAGAGAUGCCUGACUUAAUUGGCUAGUAGUAGAUAGUAAAUUCCUACACUGACCUGUUAGAGAAUUUCUGUACUGUUUCCAUAAAUGGUUGUAACAAAAAGAAUGUUGUAAAAUCUGUAGACAACAAACUGAUAAUAUUAUUAUGUAGUCUAUACUACAUAGUACUAAUGCAGUUUAACAUAUUAAUGACUUAUCUGACCAUUUGUUUUAUGGCAGGAAGAUUUCAGUAAUCAGGUAGACCGCAUCUUAUAUUAUCAUCAAAUAAAGCAUACUAUAUAAUUAGUAUUAUAAUUAUUUCAAUAAUUUAUUGUAAUACUAAUUUUAAAGGUGGAUUGUCCUUUUAUUGUUUGCAUGACAUAUGCAUUUCAUACACCAGAUAAACUUUGUUUCAUACUAGACCUGAUGCAUGGUGGUGAUUUGCAUUAUCAUUUAGCACAACAUGGUGUAUUCAAUGAACUUGAUAUGAAGUUUUAUGCAGCUGAAGUAAUUUUAGGUGAAUAUAAUAAUAAUAAACAAGAAAAUAAUUUAUUAAUGAUAUAUGAAUAUAUUAAUUAAAAUAAUAUUUUCUAUGAUUAGGUUUGGAACAUAUGCACCGAAGGUUUAUUGUUUACAGGGAUUUAAAACCAGCUAACAUACUAUUAGAUGAAUAUGGACAUGUACGAAUAUCUGAUUUAGGAUUGGCAUGUGAUUUUUCUAAAAAGAAACCACAUGCUAGUGUGUAAGUAAAACAAAAUUGAAUGCUUGUGAUUUACAUUUAAAUUUAUACUUUAUGUUUAGGGGAACGCAUGGUUAUAUGGCACCAGAAGUUUUAUCAAAAGGAACCGCUUAUGACUCAAGUGCAGAUUGGUUUUCUUUUGGUUGUAUGCUAUACAAACUACUUAAGGGUCACAGUCCCUUUAGACAACACAAAACCAAGGAUAAACACGAGAUUGAUCGAAUGACACUAACAAUGGUAUAUUUUCAACUGAAACAAUUUUAUAUUUUUAAAUUAAUAUUGUUAAAUAAUUUAUAUGUUUAUUUAUUUAAAUUUAAAUUUGAAUAAUUUAAAUUGUAAAUAUACAUUAACAUAUAAAAUAUUUAAAAAAUUAUUACAUUUAUUAAUUUAUCAAUUACUAUUUUAUAAUAAAAAAUAUGUAUUUGUUAAUUUUGUUAAUUCAAAUUAACAAAGCAGUUUGUGUUCCAGAAUGUAGAACUUCCAGAUUCUUUUUCCAAAAGUUUAAAAGAUCUUUUAGAAGGUCUUUUACAACGUGAUAUAAAUGAAAGAAUUGGUUGCCGAGGAAGGGGGUAAGAUUAUUAUUAUUUUUUUGCAAUGUAUACAGUUGUAAUGAAAAUAGACUCCAAUGCAAAUAAGUGUAACACAAUGUCUAACAAGUUUUGUUUAUUUUAAAUGCCUAUUUCAUGAUAAGUUCUUAGUUUUUACUAGAUUUUGAAAAUGUAUAGUAUUAAAAUUUAAUUAAAUAAAUGCAACAUCUCUAAACCUUACUUUUGAGACGGUAGAUAGAUUCCAUUUGUAGGACAAAUCAUAUUCUUAUUUUAUUUGUUAAACUGAAUCUCUGUUUAUCAUCGCAAAGAUUUUAUCACAUGUAUCCUUACCAUUUCGUGGCCUGGAAAGGGGUCUUAGUGAAUAUUUACUAAUUUCAAAAUUAUUAGCUAAGAUGCUGUAAAAGUUUAUAAAAGAAAAAUUACCAUGUUAUCUCUAAAUUACCUUAAACUUUUUGUGAACAGUCUCCCACACCUAGCCUGCCACCAAUUUCUAGUCCUAUAUAUCUUAGUCCAUGAUUUUACUUAUGGAUACUAUUAUUGUUUGUGAGGCAUGGAUCUAUGUCAAUGAUAUAAUUAAAUAAUUAGUUUUAUUAUUAAUCAUAUAGAUCAGAUGAAUUAAAAAAUCAUCCAUUUUUCGCGGGACUUGACUGGCAACAAGUUUAUUUACAAAAAUAUACACCACCUCUUAUACCUCCAAGAGGAGAAGUUAAUGCUGCUGAUGCAUUUGAUAUAGGUUCAUUUGAUGAAGAAGAUACUAAAGGCAUUAAAGUAAAUUAAUAUUUUAAAGUUCAUUAUAGUUUAAACAUAUAUCAUAAUUUAUAUUGUUUAUUUAUGAAUAAUGAUAAAAACAGUUAACUGAUGCUGAUCAAGAACUGUACAAAAACUUUUCUAUAACAAUAUCUGAAAGAUGGCAAAAUGAAGUUGCUGAAACAGUAUUUGAAACAGUAAAUGCAGAGGCUGAUAAAGCUGAUCAAAAAAGAAAGUCAAGACAAAAGAAAUUUAAUGAACACAAUGAAGAAGGUAUUUUAAUAAAAAUGAACAAAUAUGUUAUUAUUUAACUAAUAUUAUUUUUGUUAUCUUCAUUUUGUUUUUAUUUUUAGAAUCUGACUGUAUACUUCAUGGUUAUAUUAAAAAAUUAGGAGGACCAUUUGCAUCUGCGUGGCAAACGAGGUACGCUAAAUUAUAUCCUAAUCGGUUGGAACUGCAUUCUGAUUCGGGUUCAGUAAAAACUGAAGUAAUUACAUUAGAUCAAGUAUUAGAAGUCAGUCCCGAAUUAGUGAUUGUUAAAAAUGAACAGUGUAUCGUGUUACGCAUGAAAGAUGGAAAGGAUGGAAAACUAGUUCUCACCAAUAGUGUAAGUGGCAUUAAAUUAUUUAUAUUUAGUAAAUUAAAAUUUGUUGUUACAAAAAUGUAGUGUUUAAGGUAUUAACCAAGGCUCUCGACUAUUCAAUUAAAAUCCAUUGAAAAAAAAAAAAAAGAAAUAUGGUAUAAUGAUUUUAACUAUUCUCCCUUUAAUUUAUAAAAAUACAAUUUCCUAAAAUUACAAAAAUGAUUAAUAAUACAGAGUAAUUUUUUGACUUUAAAAUUAUGUGUUGUACUUAUUAAUUAUAUAAAUAAAAAAAUACCUCAUGUUAAUCAUUUUUGUAGUGUUAGAGUUGUUAUAGAGAAUAUUUAAAACCAUUUUUCUUCUUUUGAUGUUUUUAAGCACUUAUUGUGAAUUUUAAGUGCAUAAAGUCCCAAACCCUGCUAAUAAACUAUACAGUCUAAUGAUUUGUUAACAAAAUUCUAUUUUCACCGCAUUCAUUUGUUAUGGUAUAAUUUGUAAUAUAGUAAUCAAGUUUACAAUAGUAAACCAUAAAUUACAUUUAUAGGAUGAAAUUGGUUUAAAAGAGUGGGCACUGUCAUUGCGCUCUACCCAUAAAUCUACACAUGAUCUGUUAAGAAAAUUAAAAAAACCAGGAAAAAUGUUCAUACAAGAAGAAGCUGAAACUCCGACAUCUACCACAAACACCAAUGGCAAUUAAUUACAUAUAAGGUAUUAGGUUAAAUAAAUCUCUUAAUGAAUCUCAAUGCUUCUUUUUUAUUUAAAGAAAAGGUUCUGAUAUAUAUCCCUUCCUUCUCGGUAAUUAUAUUUUGUUGACUUUAAACUCAACCAUGGUUUUAUUGACUAAGGUUAGUGUAACACUACUUUAUAGGACUAUGGUGUUUCAAUAUUUCUUGUUAUUGUAUAGAGAAAAAUAAUAGUGUAGGUGAUGAAUGUAAUAAAAUACUAUUUUUUAUACAUUUUAUAAUUUUUUAGUACAAUUUUUUUUAAUACGUUUUUGUGCAUUGUGUCACCAUAAAAAAAAAUCACUACUUAUAGUGUUUCUGAUAUUUGGUGCCAUAAAAAUCUAUAAUCUCGAGCGUACAACCAUAUAUAGUAUUUUCUAUUGUAAAUACAUAUUUUUUUCAUUUUCUUAAUCACACAAGUACAUUUUUGAGCCAAAUAAUGUGAAUUUAUACAAUGGGUUGUUUAUGAUUGUAUAUCUCUGUAUACCAAUUUUAAAAGGACAAAAAAAAAUGUAUAUGCAAUACUAUAUUUUUUCGUUUUAAAGUUAAAUGUUGUCAUUACUGCUAUCAUAUUAUGUUUAAAUAUAUUAUCUUGUUAUGUUAUUUAUUAAGACUAAAAUAUUCUAAAAUGGUUUUUAGUUGGUUUAAAAAAGUAUACAUUUUCUUUGAAAAUAAAUUUAAUAAAUUAUUUUAUACUAGUUGUGAUGGUAGACGAUGUGCAAUUCUUUAAAAUCAAGAGAGGGGAGCUUUAUACCAAAUGUUAUGUAGAUUAAAUUGAAGAUAAUUAAAUUGUAUGUUGUAAAUUAACAACAUUAAUGAAACUUCAGAUAUAAAUAUUAUCUGUAUUAGAGAAACCUAAUCAGUUCUAGCUAAAUUUGCAGAGUAGAUAAAUGAGUAAGCAUUUUUUUUUUUUAUAUAUAUAAAUUAUCAUUGUAUGAUUUAUUUUAAAUAAAAACUUGUCAAUUCAAUCUCUUCUAAUUUGCAACUAAAAUAUAAAUUCUAUUAGGUUCAUAGUAAAAAUGUGUCAGUAUCUUUUUAAUGCAUUUUGGCUGAAUUAACAUCAUGUCUAGUCGGCAAAUAAUGUGUAAUAAAUUAAUUAAAUUAUGGUAACUUUAUCAACAUGUAUCCAUAACUAAUUUGGAAUACAACUUAGUGGUUUUACUAUAAAGUAUAUCCACUUUUUGACUUUAUUGAAGUCAUUCAAUUGUAUUUUUAACAAGACUGAUAAUUUCGAUGUGUUUAAAUGCAAAAAAAAAAAUAUAUAUAUAUAUUUGUAUAAUUUUCAUCAAUAUUUUGAUCUCUGUCGAAAUUUUAAGAUUUGUCAUUGUGUUGCACUACAUCUAAGCUACAUAAAUAACAUAAGAUGUAUAGAAUGAAAAUAUUGUAUUACUUCAAAGUAGGCCUUAUCAAUUAAAUUAAUUGUCUAUAUAAAUAUCUUAUGCCAACUAAUUUUUUUUUUCUUAUCUCGACAAUCAAAAAAAAUAAUAUUAUAUAUAUAUAUAUAGAACAUACAUACACACAUUAAUAAAAUAUAAUAUAUUAUCUAUUACAAUGUAUAGUGGACAACAAAACAUGUAAAUACAUUUAACUAUAAAUUGUCCGCAUCAUAUGAUUAAUAACAAUGUUUGUAAAUAUCGUAUUAUAAUAUAUCCUAGUCUAGAAGAGUAGGUAAUUUACCAAUUUAAAUAACAAUAAUAAUAUAUUGAUUUAACAUUAUAAAAUACAUUUAUAUAGGUCCAAAAUAAAUUUAAUGUGAAAUGAUAAUAUGCUUUACCUUACUGUUUAUUAGAUGACUAUUGUUUUAAUUAUUAUUAUUAUUAUUAUUAUUAUUAUUAAUCACCUUUAGACACACUAUACAUCGUUUGUCAUCACCUCAAUAAUAAUCUCAAUACAAUAUUUUAAUUAUAAAGAAAUGGAAAUAAUAUAUUAUAUUUAUUUAUUAUAAAUGAUUUAAUCAUUAUGAGUUAAACCUUAUCCAAAACUGCUGUUUAUGGUUAUUUGAUUUUAAUUAAUUAAUAAAAAGUAUUAUUUUUAUUGUUAAUUCAUUUAAAUUUUUUAUAUCUUUUGUUACUUUAUUUAUUAUUAUUAUUAAUUUUUUUUGUUUUACCUAUAUAUUAUUUAUUCAUUUUAUUAUUUAACCUAGUCUUUAAAACUGUGAAUGUCAUUACAAUUUGUACAGUUUUAAUUAGUGUUGCAAUCCCAUUGUGUAAUAAAUUAUAUGUAACUAACAUGUUUUAUUAAUUUAAUGAACAUUGCAAUUUUUAUAUAUAACUAUAUUUAUAUAUAAAUUUGUUAUAUAUGAUUUAUUUAGGUGAGAUUGCUUUUAUAUGAGGUCAUUAAGAUUGUAUGAAAGUAUAGUUUAGAAUUAUAAUGUAAAAAAAUUAUAUAAUUCGGUUAGCCAAUUAUUUAUAAUUAAUAUUGUUUAGUUAUAAUAAUAAAAAAAAAAACAAACAAUAAAUGUAUUGAAAUGUAAUGCAAUAAAUCCCGUUCAAUGUACACACAUUUAAUUAGUUCGUUUUUAUCUUAGUAUAUUUUUUUAAAACCUUGUUUAAUCCUUUGCUUUACAACAGCUGUCUGACGUUAUGGGCAAUGUAUUUUAUUUAAUUAG